GUCUUCAAACUUCUGAAAGAUGCUGUGCCCCGGACAGAGGGCAUGCUGAAGAGGUCCAGCACAGUGUGGCACCUUCUCGACGGGCUGAUGCAGGCCCUGAGCGACCCCGAUCUGAUGCAGAAGCGCAUGGAGUACAUUGCUUUGCGCCACAUGAAUGCGGACAUCACGACGGCUGAUGUCGAGGUCUUCAAGGGCAUCCUCCUGGAAGUUUGUGCGAAGAAGCUGGGUGGGCUGAUGACUCCAGAGUUUCAGUUCGGCCUUGGCCAGAUCGUGACUGCCGUGGGCAUCUCAUUGGCGAACACGCACGCGCACUAUGCGCAGCGGCUUCGGCUUCUAACUGGCUGCUGGAAGGAGGUCAAUGCUACCGAAGACGAUGCGGCAGAGGAGCAAGAGGAGAAACCUCAAGACUCCGAUUCCCCGGACGAGGCCUCCCCCAUCGAGCACGCGGAAAAGAAAGAUCACGACCUUAGUUCCAUGGAGAAGGGCGAGGAGGAUCGUCACACAAAGUGGAAUGACAACGGCAACAUGAACAUUCCAAAGACCUUUGCAGCGAUGGCACGUUUCAAUGCUUCGGUGAUGGGUAUUGGUGACCGCAUGUGGUUUGCUGAUCUCCUCUACUCCAUGGAGUCCCUGGUGCCCCACAUUGGCAAUGUCGACCGCGUCCAGGAGGAAUGUGACGUCCUCGCAUUGACAUUGGCCCACUACGACAAGGUGAAUCUCGGUGAGUUCCGGUCCGUGAUGUUUGCAAGCCUGAGGUCGCUCUUGCCGACAGCCUGGAGCCUCGAUCACGAGAAUGCUUGGUCCUGGUUCUGGACCUGCGUGGAGAAGAAGGUGGAACUGAUCCGGCAGCUCCCGGUGCGAAAUCAGCAGUGCCUGAGAACAUUUCUCUCUCGAAUGGACGAGGAUGCCUUGGCCACGUUCAAGCUGAAGGUCUUUGAUACCUUCUUCGCAAGUUGCGAGGAGUCUCAGCUCUACUUGCGUGCUGCCAACAAGCGCCUCCAGUACAUCAUGGGACGGAUCUUGACCAUCAUGUCCGACGUCUACACAAAGACUCACAAGGCAGUCAUUGCCAUCUCUGCCUUGGGCCUUCUGCAUGCGGGCCAUGGGGUGCCAGAGGACUUAGUGCGCCCCUUUGUCCAAGCUUUCAUGUGCUCCAUCAAAGAGGCUGUUCCAGACGAGUCCAUCCACGAUGGGCUCUGGUGGACACUGGACCUGAUCGGAAGAAUCUUCAUUCGGACAUUAUCAGAGGGCUCCACUCCAGUGAUCAUCGCCAUCAACAAGAACAACACCAAGGUGCUGAAUACAGCCGUCUCCAACGCGCCUCGUGGGCAGCGCGAAGUCAUUUUGUUGCGGGUCCAGGUGGGUACGGAGUCCAUGUCGCCGUUGGUCUGGGCCGUGGAGAAGGGUGCUCUGGAAUCCGCUGGCGCGAUUCUCAAGGACCUGCUCACGAUGCGGGCGGAUCGCGGACGCUACUACUACGGCAUGGAGGCGAUCUUCAGUCGCCAUCCAGACAUCAUUCCCCUGCUUUGCAACAAGGCCCCAUCGCUUCUGGUGACAUUGCUGGAUGAGCUCAUUUGGCGUUCCAAGAACGUGAGACAAGGCAUGCGGCGUGUGAACUACUACAUAAGCUCCAUGCUGGUGGGCGAUGAGGGCCAGCUGACGACUUCCCUCUUGGACUUGAUCAAGCAUGGGGAUCCCGAAAUCGUCUGUCAUCCUGCUGCCGUCUUCCAG